AUGGUCCACACCGAAGGGAACGCCCUCCUGAAGGCGGUUUGGCAGGGCAAAUUCCGCCUCACUCGCCUGCUGCUGGAGGGCGGGGCCUACAUCAACGAGGGCAACACCCAGGGGGAGACGCCCCUCAUCGCCGCUUGCGUGGCGCCCUACGAGGACCCCCAGAACAAGCCCCGCAUGGUGAGGUACCUCCUGGAGAACGGGGCCGACCCCAACAUUCCCGACAAGACGGGCAAGUCCGCCCUGAUGCACGCCUGUGCGGACGGGGCCGGGGCCGAGGUGGCCACCGUGUUGCUGGCCCACGGGGCGGAUCCCAGCGCCAAGGAUUACUCGGGGGCGUCCGCUUUGGUUUACGCCAUCAAUAAGGGCGACCGGCAGACCUUGCAGGUGCUGCUGGACGCCUGCAAGGCCAAAGGCAAGGAGGUCAUCAUCAUCACCACAGACACGUCCCCCUCAGGGACCAAGAAGACGAAACAGUACCUGAAUUCCCCGCCCUCGCCGGGCAUAGAGGACAAACACUCGCCUGCUUUGUGUAUGUCGCCCUCAGACAUCGAGGUCAGGACCUCUCAGUCCCCCGGGGGCAGCGAGAAGGAAGAGGAGCGGGACGUUUUCAACUUCACCAUGGCCACCCGGCUCAGCUGUUCCCCGCUGCCGCAUGCCAAAGGGAAGGACGCUGAGGAAAAGGCGCCGGCGUUACCACCCAAGGGCCGUCCCAAGCCGCUGAAGAGGCUGAACUCCGAACCCUGGGGGCUGGUGGCGCCCUCCAUCUUGGCUGCCUCCCAUCAGGAGAAGGCCCGGACCCCGGAGGAUCGGGUGAUGGCCGAGAUGAACGGCUUGAGCCUUUCCAAGAGGCCUCCGUUGUCACGGAGACACAGCGUGGAAGGCCAGGAGUCCUCCUGCCUCAAAACGGCCACCCAACAGGCAUCGGGAGAAGAGGUCUCCAGCCUGGACGCGGCCUGGGCGGAGAGAGUCCAUUUUAGCCACCUCCACCAGACUCUCUCCCGACGCAACACGGCUCCGGACGCUCAAGACGGCGUCCCGGGGCCCAGCCCCCGGGGCCUGGCCCACCACAAGCUGAAUUGCGACUCCGAUUCCCUCUGCCCCGACUCCAUUCCCGGCUCACCCGAUUCAGGACGCGUCUCCAUGGAGCGGAGGAAGUACAACGCCUCCCCGUUGACCCUGCCGGCCAGUUCAUCCCGGGAGAGUUUGGAAAGUAUCCCCAACACGGUCUCCCCCAUCACGAUACGCCGUAGGACCCCAGGCCUCCUCGAGAGGAGGGGCUCUGGGACGCUGCUGCUGGAUCACAUUGCCCACACCCGCCCUGGCUUCUUGCCCCCCCUCCACUUCAACCCCCACCCUCCCAUCCGUGACAUCCGAGCCAACGGCAAGCCCCCUUCGGGGGACCUCCCCACCCGGGGCAUGAUCCCAGUGGCUCCCGCGUCCCCCAAGGCGAAGCGGCUGCUGCGGAGGCACUCCAUGCAAACGGAACAGAUGAAACAGCUGGUCAGUUUCCAGAGCCUGAUCGCACAAGGGGACUCCGUGGCCAGUUAA